UGAUUUCUAUGUUAUGAAGAGGCGGAGUGAUGCAGUGGUUAUCUACAAAUGAUACAAAACGGAUGUUUUAGCCUGCUCACUAAAUGACACUCUGGAAUCUCAUGGCGCUGGAACUUCCUGAUGUUCAGUCUAAGUUAGGAACACAGCUAGAGAGAGGAAACUGAGUCUUCCUGUUUCAAACUGCAAAGACACAGUGAAAGAUAACACUGAGGCAGCUCGCUUUUUGGACUUAUUCGUAAGAUCAAGCUAUGCUAAUUCAAAAAUAAAACAUGGGUUUGCAUAAAAAAAUAAGGUUCAUACGUAAAUAUUUGCUGUCAUAAUGAGCUGUUCUGAGUUGAGUAAAACCUCGUCCUGCAGAUUUUAUUAUUAGCUGUUUUUACCAAUUUAAAAUAUAUAUUUUUGCCUUUAGGUAUAUAAAGGUUAAUGUAAAAACUGUCUAGUGCAGCAUCAAUAAUGUCUAGCCGGUCAUGAGACGACUCUCAUUUUUAUCACUUCCUUUUCCUUCCAGUGCACAUUUAAGGGAGGAGUCUUUGUAGAGUUAUCUAUAGAGCCGCUGCCAGUAUUUCUGACCUGUACUUAAAUAUGCCUAUUAUGUCUUAACUAACCAUUUAUAAUUAACCUUUUAGCUGAAUGUUAACAGUAUGUUGUAAUGCUCAAAGCUUUAAAAUUAUGCAAAGUAAGAGGAGAUGCUUGCAAAGUUAACUGGAGGUUUUCCUUUAUCUCUGCAAUCUAUAAUUAAGUAAAGCCAUCCAUCCAUUGCCGAGUUCCCUGCUAACCCUGAUUUCCCCAAAUCCAUUGGAACAUUUAAUUACUCUUAUCCUCUUUAAUCCAUCCCAGGCUGUCUAUUAUGUGUGUUCUGCAGGAAUUUUGCCCAGCAUGUAUGUAACAGGAAAACAUAGGACAAAAACUUGAUGCUUUUUUUUUUUAAACAGAUAAAACUAUGAGCAAGAAUGAUUUCACUGCAGAUUAUUGUGAAAGUCACUCCAAAUUUCAUUCAAGAUUUUAACUGUAGCAAUUUUUAAAAGUUACUCAGAAGAUGUUUAUGAAUGCUGUAAAAUAUUCUAAUGUUAAUGUUUUCACAUUUCUUGCUUUACUGAGCAUCUCCUUUGCCUUUUGACUGCAGUCCCCUGCUAGCAGCAGCAACGAUAACACAACUAAUAAACACAGAGGGCUGUCAACUUUUUACUACAUAUAGAUGGAAUAAAACUUUUAGAAAAUUGACACCCACUUUCUAAGAAAGCCCUGGGAAACAUCACAUUUCUUGCCCAUAAAAAGUGUUGCCCAUAAAAUGACCACUGACCACAAGGGAGUUUAAACUGAAAAAACAAAAACGACACUAAGAAAAUUUCACAGAUCAGGAAUGCUUAAAAGCUAAAAGUAUUGUCAUCCUGCCAGGGCUGGAUUAUGGGGUAAAUUUUUACCAAGGUAAUUCUUGAUUCUGCUGUGGUUUAACCCUGGUGAAGUUAAAAAUUAAAGAGUCUUGAAUAAUGGUAUACAAGAAUGCCAAGAAAACCUCCUGGGCUCCUGAAAAAGGUUUCUUAAGUAGAAAUGUUCUUUCUCCACCCCUUUACAGCACCUAUAAAUCUAAAUUAUAAGUAAUUUUCACUUUGACCAGUCAUUCUUCUCAGAUCAUUGUAUAUAUCAAAGUUAGAUACCUUUGUUUAGAGUUGCCUUUAUUAAUAAUAAGUGGAACACAAACUAAUUCUAGUCUGGAUUGCAUCUUUUCUUUUUUUUUUUUUUUUUACCACUGUAGUGUAAUGUUUUUUGUUUGUUGAUUGUGUUACGUUUUUAUCAUGAGAAGCACUUUGAACUGCCUACUUGUUGAAAUGUGCUUUUCAGAUAAACCUGACUAGAAACUUGACUGGUGUAUCACAAAAAGCUUGCCUACUUUCUAUUGGACAUUAGGGGUUUACUUUUGUUGGAUAAAUGUAACUAAAAAGGCAAAUGUUACUUUGUGGAACAGGUUCAGUAACAUUAGUAUCAGUGACUCAUCAGCUUGUUAGUUUCUGUUGAGUUUACUGUUUUGUUUCAGGGCAAAUCAAAUUUUUCACUUCUUCCCAUGUAGUACAUACAGAAAGACUUUGCAUGUUUUAAAGCGCCUGUUUUAGGCAAAACAUUACUGUUGAUGAUGUUGCAGUUAGAUUUUUAUCUCUUGCUGGCUUCAAAGAUUUCUCUCUUUAGGUCAAAAAUUUGAUGAACUACCUUUUGCUGCAAUUACAGCCGAGUCUUUUUGGGGUAUGUUUCUAAUAGGUUUUCAUAUCUAAAGGCUGAAUGUUUUCUUAUGAGUCAUUGCAAAAUAGCUCAAACUCAUUUCCAAUUAGAUUUUGACUGGCCCCUUCUAACAUGUCCCUCGAUUUAAACCAUGUCUUUGUAGCUUUGGAUGAAUGUUUGGGGUCAUUGUCCUGUUGGUAGCCGAAUCACUACCACAUUCUCCAUUCUUUUAUAAACUCUAACAGCGUUUUCUCCUUUUCUUGUGUAAUUUUGUUCUAUUUAUCUUGUCAUGAAAUCUGACCAGCUUUCCUGUCCCUGUAGAUGAAAAGCACCCCCACAGCAUAAUGUUGUGCAAUUACUCUGGACACACCAUCACCAUUUCCUUCAUACAUGCUGUUUUGCAUGUGGUACAAAAAGCUACACUUUGGUCUCAUGUGACCAGAUCACAUUCUUUUGCGGGGUUAUGAAAACUGUAAAUGGCUUACAACAUUUUUUUUUAAAUAGUGACUUGGAUUGAAUAAUGGAUUCCUUUUUGCAACUCUCUUGUAAAGGACCAACUUGUCCAGACAUUCUGGUUAAAACCAAAGUGGUUUUUUUUCAAACUGAUGGAGCAUUUAGAAAAGAAAAGAUCAUUCUCUAAUCAAAACAUGUUGGUUGUAGCUUGAUGAUGGUCUGGGAAUCCAAUUUCGCCUAUACCAAAAUAUCCUGAAGCAGAAUAUCUAGCCACUAGUUUGUGACCUUAAGCUUGAACAUUCAUGGGUUAUGCAGACGGACGUUCAUCACUGAACGGCUUGAACAAAGUGAAUGAAGGUGAGGCGUUUUCUAGUCAAAGUACUGACUUAAAUUUGACUGUGACCUUAGCAGAUCAUUAAUGCUCAAAAAUCCUCCAAUAUGGCUGAGCUAUUCCUCCCACGAUUUAUGAUAUGUUGUUUCAAAUGCUUUAUGGCAGUGAAGUUGCAAAGCCAGUUAUAUCAGGAUUGGAAGGCUAUCAGUUUUCACAUAUGUAAGAAAAGGUUCAGUAACUUAUACCCACUUAAUAAAUGAAGUAAUUGGAAAGGUAAAGUUUGCAAUUUCUAAAGUAAUCAUUUUCUGUUAUUAAAAUAUGCUUGGUGAUCUGAAACAUUUAGUUGUGGCAGAAAGGGAAAAAAAAGAAGAAGAAAAGAGUACACCUUAUUUUAUAAGAAUUGUUAGUAAUUCAAUUUAAGAAAAUUUUGCAUUUGCAUUUAAAUUUUUCUAAAAUGUUUUAGUUUUUAUUGUUACAGUUGUACAUUUCCCAACUUGUUCUCUGUUGAAAGCGUUAAACGACGCCAUCUGGUGGUUAAGUAUAUACAAUUACAUAAUGGUCACGUCGUGCUUCUGCAGCGUAAUCCAAUCAUUUAGGGCUGAAACAUCUAUUCAUGCAUCCCCAAAGUAACUCAAACAUAUUUUUUUUGUUAAUAUAGCAAUACUAAAGAGAAUAAAUACAAUAAUUUAUAUGAUGUAACUCAUGAUUGUAACAUAUUUUUUGUCCAAAUACAUAUGAAGCUGCAUUAACCCCUUAACAGUCACAUAAAAAAGUGCAGUCAUGAGGACACACGCGCAUCUUCAUGAUGCUGAAGAGCAUGUUCUCUACAGCUUCAGAUAAAGAAGGAACAUCUACUUUUCUAUUCAUAGCAUCUGGGAUAUAAACCUCUCCCCACUCUAUUUAAUCUGUGUUGUAGUCGGCCCCAAACAACAAAAAGUCUGUUGAAAAGUCUCAUUUUUCCCUCCUACAUCUUUUUGCAUUAUGUUAGUUUAGUUAGCAUGCACAGCUCUAAUACACAAUGCAACAAAAAGUAUAAGUAGAAUCUCAAGUGCUUCUGUGGUAAACAGGUUACCCUUACAACUGCUCCGCCUAUCAUUUCAUUCCUAAGAAAACAAGGUCAGGUAUUCAAAGGACUUGUUUUUUAGAAAAGGAAACAACCUGAACACACUGUAUAGUAUUGUCUUCUCCUUUAAAGGUGUGGGCGGAGAGUAGAGUGCAGAGUUAAGUUUCACUGACACCUCCCUUUCUAGACUCACAAACUGCAGAUCAGCCGUGUUGCAGUCCUGAGAGGUGCUCUCGGUUGGGAUCUUAGUGCGUAUAUUGUUGUCUUUUUCCGACUCUUGUGGAUGUGGCUGCCAUCAAUGACGAACCAAAAUAGGACACUCUGGGAAACUUGUACGAUAGGUCUAUUCCUUUCCCAAACCUCUCUGACCACUGAAAAGGAUAUAAGCCACUUGGACUUCUCUUUCCCUCGUAUGUCUGUGAAUUUUCAUACAUCAAAUAAGAAUUUUCAUCAAGUGCAGAGAUGGCAAAGUUGCACAAACUCUAUGUAGUACUACUAACAGCUCUGGCACUGUGGAAACGUUGUCUGGCAGAAUGGAACGCCACCGAUGGGUCCUCCAACCAAACCACAUCUGUAUGUCGACACAACUGCACAGCAGAAAAAGACACAGAACAAUCGAAUGGUCACUACUCAGAAUGUCCUAAGGAGCUGCUUUAUUACUGUAUCCAUGGAGAGUGUCGUUACAUUAAGGAACAAAAGGCACCAUCCUGCAGGUGUCACAACAAUUACAACGGCGCCAGGUGUGAAUAUGUGACGUUGGACUGGCAAAUAGGUGGCAGAGGACAAAUCAUAAUAGGCUGCGCCAUUGCAGUGCUUCUGCUCUUGAUGAUCCUCGUUAUUUCCAUCUGCGUCUGUUCACAUUGCAGGCGCAGAAUGUGGGGACAGAACAGAAGACAGACGGAGCGUAGAAACGGAACAGAGAAACGCGGCAUGCUGAGUCCACCAGAGUCAACAGAACUGACACAUAUCGACUCAGUAUGAAGAACCUGUCAGGGAUGCCUUUAGGCAUCACAUGUUUACACACAGGGCCGCUUCUGGCCGCAGGCUCACAGUAAGUGCAGGAGGCCUCAGGUGGUCCCUGGUCAGCAUCGAGGCCGAUGAGUAACACCGCUUCACAGGAAAAUAUGUCAACCUGUGACAGAAGCUCAGAAGAUUCCUUUUGUCCUGGUGACCUGCUGUGUUUGGAACAUUAAACAAGCUUAUGGGAGAAGAAAACAAGAGGAAGAUGCCCUCCUGGAUUUAUGAUAAAUAUGAAUUUGGGAAGAGUGUUCAGCUGCCUGGGUGCUGGAAAGGAGGCUUUUGUUUUAAAAGUUGUGGAGCAACAGACAUGGCCUUUCGCCGAGUGCUGCUGAUCACGCAGCACUAAAUAAAUUGUUGCUAUGUUGGAAAAAGCUCCGAGGCCAGUUGGCAGCCAAUGACAACACUCCGUCAGGUUGGCUUGGAACCGGCAUCUGCAGGAGACGCAUCAACACUGUGAGAUGAGAGGAAAGCAACUGUCCUUUUAGGGAAACUGAGCUACAGAGAUCAACCUUUAUACAGAUUGUAACACAACCACAGCAGCAGGCUUGUUUACUGCUUGACUAGCUUUUAUGUGCCACAUAAUGAUCAGUUAUCACUUUCAACUUAUCACUACAGAGCCAUGUCUCCACGUAUGCUCGCAGACGAUAUUGUUACUCAUGUGCAUGACCAGUUCAAGGAGAGGCCCAUUAAGGUUGGAGCUACAUUAACCACACGGUUCAAAAAGGACAAGCAGAUCUUGUGCUGGAAGUCUUUUUUUUAUCUGUUGGGGUUUUUAUAUUUGGAGUCGAGGAGCAUGCAGGCUACAGAACAGAACAGCUGAGUCUGUGUGCAAAGCCUGACAGUGCUGCUCUGUUUCACAGCUGCCAAACUUUCACUGAGAUUUCAGAAUGUAACUAUGUAGACAUAAACUCAGAGUCAGGUAAAUCUGCCUCUGUCAUUUACAUCACUUAUCAAUAAACAUGCUGUUGUUUACUUUA